CAGAGUUCCUUACUAACGGAAGAAAAUAAAAAAGCUACGAAAGAGAGUUUUUUGAUUGUUUUGCCAGGCGCUCAAAGAGGUUUGAAGAAAAUCUAAAAAUUUUGAAACCCUAACUCGAGCUAAUUCUUAUAUUUCCUUUCUGAUUAGAACUUGGAGGUUGAAGAAUGCCGAAGGUGAAAACAAACCGUGUUAAGUACCCAGAUGGCUGGGAAUUAAUUGAGCCUACUAUUCGUGAGCUGCAAGCAAAGAUGAGAGAAGCUGAGAAUGAUCCUCAUGAUGGUAAGAGAAAAUGUGAGACAUUAUGGCCUAUUUUUAAAAUAGCACAUCAAAAGAGUCGCUACAUUUUUGACCUUUACCACCGGAGGAAGGAAAUAUCCAAGGAGUUGUAUGAGUUCUGCCUGGAUCAAGGCCAUGCUGACCGUAAUCUAAUUGCAAAGUGGAAAAAGCCGGGGUAUGAACGUCUCUGCUGCUUACGAUGCAUUCAACCACGGGAUCACAAUUUUGCUACCACAUGUGUGUGCCGAGUGCCAAAGCACCUGAGAGAGGAGAAAGUUAUAGAGUGUGUCCAUUGCGGUUGUGGGGGCUGUGCAAGUGGGGACUGAUUCUUAUCUUCUUCCAAGAAUGGCAAGAUCUUUGUACCAUGUAUUUUUCAGCAAUCUGUGUAAACUUUCGCUUGUCUUAAUCAGCCUUAGGCUGGACCUUUGCAACUGGUAUUAGUAUUUCUUUCUAACUGAGGCUGCUGUGACAAGUUGUUUUGAUAAUCAACCAAACAUAACUUAAAAGCAUAGUUGGAAAAUCUUGGCCAA